AGUUACACAGCACUAGAUGGGUUUCACACUUUCCAGCACCGCGCAUAGACAGAAUCAUAGAAAUUAACAUUUAUCAAUCCAAAAUGGUGAAAGUGUGGUUUAUGGACAACGAGCAGAAGAUCGAUCAGCGGUUGGAGCAUCAUCGCAGUCCCCCGGCCUAUCUGGAGCUGCCUGAACUGUACCAAAAGACCGGCGUGGAGUAUUUCAAGAUCAACGCUGACGACUAUCAGAACGACGCAAUUUUGCGGGAACUGCGAGCGAAACGUGGCUACACCUACGAUGAUGAGAUCACCUGCUCGGAGAAGUGCUUGCCGGACUAUGCCAACAAACUGAAGAACUUCUUUACGGAACACUUGCACACAGAGGAGGAGAUACGCUUGGUGUUGGAUGGAUCCGGCUACUUUGAUGUCCGCGACAACGAAGAGCAGUGGCUUAGGAUCCAAGUGGUCAAGGGAGAUUUGAUUAUUAUCCCUGCGGGCAUUUAUCAUCGCUUCACAUUGGAUUCUAAUAACUUUGUCAAAGUCCGUCGCUAUUUUGUUGGAAAACCCGUCUGGACGCCGCAUAAUCGUCCCGCAGAUGAUUUGGAUUGCCGCAAGUCCUACCUGAAGCAUCAAGCCGAGAACUUUGUGCAAUUUAAACAAGCCUAGAGUGCAGUGUCUGUUUAUUUUCUGUUUUUAUAAAUAUUAAAGCACCAGGAGCGAAUCCUGGGUCAAGCGAUUGUCGACGCAGA